CGUUAAAAAAGAAAGAACCCGCGGAUUCUACUCAUCAUUUACACUUCUUCAUUCACCAAGGUAUGUUCUUUAUUGAAGUUGAAUUUAAGCCUUGUGUCACGGAAUUCAGCGGAAUUUCUCAACAUUUGGUCUGGUCAGACUGAAGCCGGAACUAUGGCCAUUUGCGAGUUCGAGAUAUGGACAUUCCAAAAGGCCAGACUAUUGUCGUUAUCGGUGGAGGGGUGGGUGGCUGUUGCACGGCUCUUGCAUUGGCAAGAACACAACAAUUCCAAAUUUAUCUCUUGGAGAAAAAUGGAGAGCUGAUGAGAGAAAGCAGUGAUGUAACUCCGGGGCGCAUGGGGCUUGGUUUUCAUUACGCUGACAAGGAGACAGCCCUCUACUAUUUACACACCACCCUCAAGUUCACCCGAAAGUACGGUCGAUUCCGACAAGAGGUAGGUCGAAGUGAAACGUUACAUCCGUUACGUCGAGGCAGAUACUUUAUCUUGAAAAGUUCAUUGGUUCCGGUCAAGUGGAUUCUAGAUACUUAUGACGCACUCAAAGAAGAGUACACCAAUAUGGUCAGCGAAGACCCCAGUUACGAAGUCUUUGGUCGUCCAGAAGACUUUUACAGAGUUCUAGAACCUUGGGAGUACCAAGGAGACGUCGCGACGGAGGAGAUAGAGAUGGGAAUCGAGACUGCGGAGGAGUUCUUGGAUUGGUCAAGGUUGAGGAGAUUUAUCAUAAGUCAGCUGGAACACUUUCAAGACAAGAAAAUGGUUGAAAUUAGAACAAACACUGAAGUCACUGAGAUUUCAGCGCUCGAAGAUUGUGGCGUAUAUUUGAUAAAAGCCGUAGAUUUGUUAGCUGGUGGCAACGUAGAGAUUUUCGCCGAAGUGACUGUGAACGCCUCGUGGUACAACAUUGGCAAAUUCAACAAGAUGCUUGGUAUUUCCGCUUUCACAAGAAAAAGAUGCAACAGAAUCAAAGCAAUUACUACGGUGCAGCUGCCUGAAGCUCUCGUCCACAUGCCUUCAAUGUUCUUCUGUAUGGGACCCUUCUGCAUGUUUUCCAACAAAGGAAACAGAGUUGGAAUGUUGACUUAUGCACCAGAGACAAACAUUGCCGUUAGUACCUCUGAAGAACUGGAACCAGAAUUUGAGCAUGUAUUUUUCAAUCUCUCAGACGACGAGAAAUGCGCCAAGGGUAAAAAAAUCUUAGCCGGUGUGUCAAAGUACAUUCCUAAAUUGAAACAAGCCAAAGUGACAAAGGUAAAGCUAGGCAUAACCCAAACAUUCAUGAACGAAGAUACGAUAGAUUUCGGUUUGAAAGUCGGAAACUUGAAUUUGUUGCACGAUCCACAUGUUGGAGGUAUUUACAAGAGAAAUUACAGUGGAGUGGAGGAACCUCGGCCAGGAUAUAUAAUCAAUGCAUGUAUGAAGCUAUUGUAUUGUUUUGAUAACGCGGAGAUCGUAAAGGACUUGAUUUUAUCGAAAUCUGUAGAAGAUUCUGGUACUGAAAGCAAUUAAGGGUGACACGUUGGUUUUAAAUGUUAAAACGUGACCUCGAUAAAUUGGCUUCAAAGUGCGCCAGAAUUAGUUUUAUUCUUCUUCCGGUUGCUGUCUGCCUCUCAAAGACGUCUCUGCUUGAGACGUCUAAUAUUGGACAAAAUAUAUGCGACAUUUGUGCGCGCUGUUUGGCUAAUUUUCUCGUAGAAAAAAAAACAACUGUUAUGUUUUUAUGCACGAAUACAUUUAUCGCAGACUGAACUGGUCAGUCUUAACGGGCCGCAUCUAUUUGAGUAUUUUACGUUUGCACACGAUUUUCGGCCGUUAAGAGCCAACCAUCGCCAUAAACUUAAACCAUUGCUUGCACAGCUAAAUAGUUAUAAGUAUUAUUUCUUUGUAAAUAUAGUCAACGAAUGGAAUAAUCUACCUUAAGACGUGGCGUAGGCAGAAACGCUGAACAUUUUAAAGAACAGACUCAGAUGCCAUUUUACUGAUGUUUUAGGAAAUUUCUGAACUAUUUUAUUGUGAAUUCUAUCGGAAGUAACUUUGUGUUUUUGAUUAU